AUGUGCGACAUCAAUAAAUCGGCGCCUGGUAUGGGUGGCCUCAUCAAUAAAUCAGUGCCUGGAAUAGGUGAAAUCAAUAAAUCAGCGCCUGGAAUAGGUGACAUCAAUAAAUCAGCGUCUGGUAUAGGUGACGUCAAUAAAUCAGCGCCUGGUAUAAGUGACAUCAAUAAAUCAACGCCUGGUAUAGGUGGCCUCAUCAAUAACUCGGCGCCUGGUAUAGGUGGCCUCGUCAAUAAAUCAGUGCCUGGUAUAAGAGAUGUCAUCAAUAAAUCAGUGCCGGGUAUAGGUGACAUCAUCAAUAAAUCAGCGCCUGGAAUAGGUGACAUCAAGAAAUCAGCUCCUGGUAUAGGUGACGUCAUCAAUAAGCCAGUGCCCGGUAUAGGGGACGUCAUCAAUAAACCAGUGCCUGGUAUAGGUGACGUCAUCAAUAAAUCGGCGCCUGGUGUAGGUGGCCUCAUCAAUAAAUCGGCGCCUGGGAUAGGUGGCCUCAUCAAUAAAUCGGCGCCUGGGAUAGGUGGCCUCAUCAAUAAAUCGGCGCCUGGGAUAGGUGGCCUCAUCAAUAAAUCGGCGCGUCGUAUAGGUGGCCUCAUCAAUAAGUCAGCGCCUGGUAUAGGUCACGUCAUCAACAAAUCAGCGCCUGGUAUAGGUGAUGUCAUCAAGAAAUCAGCGCCUGGUAUAGGUGAUGUCAUCAGUAAAUCAGUGCCUGGUAUAGGUGUCAUCAUCAAUAAAUCAGUGCCUGGUCCAGGUGAUGUCAUCAACAAAUCAGUGCCUGGUAUAGGUGAUGUCCUUCAUAAAUCAGCGCCUGGUAUAGGUAUUCGUGAAAUCAAUAAAUCAGCGCCUGGUAUCGGUGACAUCAAUAAAUCAGUGCCCGGUAUAGGUCACGUCAUCAAUAAAUCAGUGCCUGGGAUAGGUGACAUCAAUAAAUCAGCGUCUGGUAUAGGUGACAUCAAUAAAUCAGUUCCUGGUAUAGGUGAUGUCAUCAAUGAAUCAGUGCCUGGUAUAGGUGACGUCAUAAAUAAAUCAGCACCUGGUAUAGGUGACGUCAUAAAUAAAUCAGCACCUGGUAUAGGUGACGUCAUAAAUAAAUCAGCGCCUGGUAUAGGUGAUGUCAUCAGUAAAUCAGUGCCUGGUAUAGGUGGCCUCAUCGAUAAAUCGGCGCCUGGUAUAGGUGACAUCAACAAAUCAGCGCCUGGUAUAGGUGACAGCAUCAAUAAAUCAGUGUCUGGUAUAGGUCCCGUCAUCAAUAAAUCAGCGCCUGGCAUAGGCGACGUCAUCAAUAAGCCAGUGCCUGGUAUAGGAGACGUCAUCAAUAAACCAGUGCCUGGUUUAGAUGCCGUCAUCAAUAAACCAGUGCCUGGUUUAGAUGCCGUCAUCAAUAAACCAGUGCCUGGUUUAGAUGCCGUCAUCAAUAAACCAGUGCCUGGUAUAGGUGACAUCAUCACUAAAUCAGUGCCUGGUAUAGGUGUCAUCAUCAAUAAAUCAGUGCCUGGGAUAGGUGACGUCAUCAAUAAAUCGGCGCCUGGUAUAGCUGGCCUCAUCAAUAAAUCAGUGCCUGGAAUAGGUGACAUCAAUAAAUCAGCACCUGGUAUAGGUGACGUCAUAAAUAAAUCAGCGCCUGGUAUUGUAUUUGGUCAGGAGAUUACUGGAAUGGUAGGCUAG